UUUCUGCAGAGUUGCGGUGGCAGUACUUGCUUAUCUCUCCGACAGCGCGGCCCUCGAAGCUGGCGCAAGCAGGAGACUUCUUUCCCUCUUUUGUUCCUGCACCACCUGAGGUCUGAGAGCUCGGUGUUUCGAUACGAAAUGCACGUAGUCACAUUCACAACCCUUGUGCUGCACACGCUCACUCUGCGCAAUCUUGUCGCUUGCGCUCUCUUCGAAGACCUGAGAACAGCAGCGACCCGUGGCCCACUACCGUCAUACGAGCUUUCUGACUCUGACCAAGUAGCUCUACUGCCUUCACCAACCGUUCCAGCAAUACUGGAGCGUGACGCGACCACGCAAAGCGUAUGCGGCUAUUGGAGCACCAGUACUAUCGCUUGCGCGUAUUCAUCCACCUGUGUUGUCACCCAGUUAGCCGGUGGCACGCAGUUCGCAGGCUGUAUAUCAUCCUUGUUCACGGAGACGAUAUACACCUCGGGCCUGGACUAUUACUCAUGGGCCUACAGCAGCAUCUGCCCAACGAGUUACCAUUGCUGCCAGCCUGGAGCACCAUAUGCGAAGAUGGUUGUCUUCACCCAGGGCCCGAGUCCAACUUACCUCGCAUAUUGCGAUAUCACCUCAGGGACCCGAACAUUCAGCGCAUCCGCUAGGGCGAGCCUAUCGCAACUUGGCACCGGCGGCACAGCUUUCUCCACGGCCACUUCGACGUCCGUGAGCCUUACCACCAGCAUGAUGGGCGCCUCUACCACUGUGCCCGCGCCGUCACCGAUCGUGAGUUCCAACCCCACAGCAUUAAGCACAAGUACUGCCGCCAGCAGUUCCGCUGCAAGCGGCACCAUCUCUACACCGGUCUCAUCUACUACGGCGAGCACGGCUGCGACUACAUCGUCCGACAGUGAUAACAACCAGCUUUCUAAAGCGGAACAGAUUGGCAUCGGCGUCGGCGUACCUCUAGGUGUCGCCGUGAUCGGCCUGCUUGGAAAGCUGCUUCUUGCAAAAAGGAAAUGAACGGCGUUGACCUUGAUAUACCGUGAGACCUUGAAACACAGUCAUCACUCUCGGCCCAUUGCGUAAGGCUGGAAGCGUCUCCAUCAUGACUGAGGUCAAAGUCGAAGCGAUAAUGCCCACGCCUCUGUCUGGUAAGAAGAACCUCUUGGGCGGUGACUCAAGCACUCUCGCAGACGCACCCGAGGAAGGUAGCACAGUCCAACAGAUGCUUGACCGUGCACAAAACCAUAACAGACGUGGCACUACAGUUGCUGAUCCGGCGACUGACAAUCCUCUCAGGACAAGUCAGUUGUCUGACAUACACUUUGCGAAGUGGAAAGAAGCUUCAAGCUGUGGGAUUUU